AGGCUCUACAGUGUAUACUUGGUUUGUGUGUCUGUCUGCACAUACAGCAAUAGUGCAGCUCAAAAAUUACAAUACCUAUGGCUUUAGUACUACGGUGUUUAUGCACAUUAUCGUAUAUCAUGUACAUGAGAGAGGGAGAAAGAAAAAAGAGCUGUCCUGGGUGUUGUUGUGCCUUUGCCUUUCUACCUCGUAGUUUUCACAUACACUGAAUGACUGUACAUGUUACAUCUAGGUGAAGGAGAAGGAGCAGGCACACAGGGAGUAUAGAGAGGCCAUCAGUAAAGGUCAUGGAGCUUACCUCAUGGACGAGGAGACACCAGACGUGUUCACAGUCAGUGUGGGUAACCUACCGCCAGGGGCCAGUGUCCUAAUUAAGAUCACCUACGUCGCCGAGCUCGUCGUCGAGGGAGAAAACAUUGUAUUCUCGUUGCCUGGCAACGUGGCGCCGUGGAAACAGGAGACUGCUCUUGACCAAACAACUCAGACCGACGUGAAAACUACGAAGGUCAAGAAACAGAGUGGAGAGCUGUCUGUCCAGGUUGCCGUGGAGAUGCCGUUUAACAUCAAGACUAUUGAGUCGCCCACCCACAAGAUCAAGCUGAAGAAAACUGCGAGUAUGGCCACGGUGGAGCUGUGUCCCCAUUCCGUUCUGGGGGCGGGGUUCACUCUACUGGUGGGUCUGUCUGAGAUCCAUGUCCCUAGGAUGUGGGUGGAGGAGGACAAGAAAGGGCAUCAUGCGUGUAUGCUGACGUUCUAUCCCGAGUUCGAAGUUGACGAAAUCUCAGACAACGAGAUAAUCUUCUUACUUGACCUCUCCAACUCCAUGAAGGACUGUGCAGAGAAUGCCAAGAAGGUUCUACUGCUUCUGCUCCACCAUCUGCCCACAAAGUGCCAUUUCAACGUAUUAGCCUUCGGAGGGACACAUGAAGCAGUGUUCCCAGUCAGUGUGAUGAAGAACAAAGACACCCUCUCCACCGCACAAAAAUUUGUCCAGGAACGCGUUCCAAAUAUGGGCAGCACUGACGUCUGGAGGCCUCUUCGUGCACUUCAGUUGCUAUCGGAGACAAGCCCCACCUCCUCGUCGUUGCCGGGGGAAACGACAUCCCUCCCUCCCCGUUCGGUGUUUCUGGUGUCCGAUGGUCAUGUGACUGACGAGGGGGCGACCCUGUCCGUUAUCAGACAGGCAUUGCGAAACUGUCGGCUCUUCACUUUUGGAGUCAGCUCCACGGCCAACCGGCAUUUCCUCAGAGCCAUGGCGAGGGUCGGCGCCGGUUGCGAAGAGUUCUUCGACCCAAAGACCAAGUCUCGUUGGGAGAGAAAGGUCAGAGGUCAGCUGGCCAAGGCGUUCCAGCCGGCGCUGACGGCAUUGUCGGUCGAGUGGCAGCAGUUCGACGACAACGCCCCCAAACCAGUCCAGGCUCCUCAGGAGAUGGUGUCACUGUUUAGUGGUUCGAGACAAGUUGUCUACGGCUUUGUUCCUCACUGCAAACAGGCGACACUAAAAGCCAAGAUAGGCGGCAAAGAAGUACAGACUAUGGUAUCUACCACUGACCUUGCCAUGACACAAGGCAGAAUGUUGCACCAGUUGACAGCCAGAGCCAUCAUCAGGGACUGGACCGACGGCUGUCUGAGUCGUGACAAGAUGGAGCACGAGAUUGUGAAGAAAGAGAGAAAAUCGUUCAUUAUCAACAUCUCUAAAGACUAUUCCAUCGUCUCUCAGUUUACCAGUUUCGUUGCCAUCGAAGAGAGAGAAAGGGAUGAGGUGUUUGACCAAAGGAACGGCCCCGCUAUCAGUGACCUGGUUGCCAAGGAGACGGUGGACAAGUUGGCGUACAUGGGUUGGGAUUUGGAUGAGUCAGCAGAUCCUGUCAAGGAGGCAGAGGAGGCGUUGGAAGAGUGCCAGAUGUCAGGUGAUCUGGAGAAGAGGAAGAGACUGCUGAGGGAGACCGAGACAGUCCUUGGUCCGACCCACCCUCUCCGAUUCCAGGUCUUCAAAAAUUUGACGACUGAAAUGCUCUCGAAAAACCAGCCCAAAGAAGCAUAUGAGGUUGCCAUGGCAAUGCAGUCCCAAUUAGAGCUCACCUACACGUCAGAUGCAGCACGCUACUUGGAAGAUGUAAAGCAGUUUAUAGCAACGACCAUAGAGCCACAGGCCAAGCGAGACGACUACCUAAACCUAGCAAAGGAGGCGGAAGCAGCCAAAGACUAUUCCGCUGCUCUGAACUACCUCAAACUAGCCGAUCGUGGAAAGGUCACCGCGUCUUCCGUCACUCUCCCUCUUCUCUCUCGCUGUCUGAGAGGGCUAUGUCGCGACCCCGCCCACGACUGGAAGAAGCUUUCUCGUGAGACCACGCCCGAGGAUAGAGAGGGGCUGAGAAAGAUGAGAAUGGUGGCGGAGGAAAUCGAGGACGUGUGUUCGGAGGUCUCGAGUCUAACCAAAAGUAUGUCUUCCCGAUCCACUGAGCUUGGCUUUCUCAAGAUUGGUCGUGGACCCAAUGAAGUUUCUUUUCUUCGGAUGAAGAUAAAUAUCGAAUGUCUACGCUACCGCCACGAACUCAGCCCAGACGACGAGAAACUGAGGCAACGGGUGGACGCUCUGCAAAAGUCGGCGCUGAGGUAUGCACAGGGUCACCUCCCCAAUCACCCCGCGAGGCUAGAAAUUAUCCUCGAUCGGUGCCGAUUUCUGAGAGAGACGGAACCGCAGGAAGCGCUUCGACUGGCAAAGACGACGUUCGACGAGGCAGUCUCGAGUCUCGAUUCGCUCGCGGAGGACUCGUACAGAGAGACGACUCUGGCCCUGCAGGAGUUGAGGGACCACGUGACGGUGUGGGGGGAGGAGGAGAGGGAGAAGGAGAGGGUGAGGGAGGAGGCCAGGAGGAGAGAGGAAGAGAAGGCGAGGGAAAGGGAAAGGAAGGAGGAAGAAAAGAGACAAAGACAAGCGGAAACGAAACGAGCUGAGGUGCCACGCCCACCACCGCCUCCCCCGGUAUCCCAAUUAGAACCCGUCGUCCUGGGAGACGAGGACUUAUAUGUGAAGAAAGCUCUCGUAAUUGACACGGGAAUGGCCACCGUCAAGAAGGACAGCUACGUGGGAGAUGAAGCACAGAGCAAACGAGGCAUCCUCACAAUGUCCAGUCCAUUCCAGAGAACGUCUCGGGCUCGGGCUCCGACUGGGGGUCCGCCUCGAGCUCGGGCUUGGGAUGGGGGUCUGAGGCGGUCUCGGGCUCUGGCUACAGGGGCUCUGAGUGGUCUUCCGAGUCGGGUUCCGAGUUUUUCUGCGUCUGAGAGCGCUCCGCAAGUGUCGGCAAAAGAAGGGUUUCGUCAUGAACUUGAGAUGCAGGAAGAAAUCUCGAGGCCUAUGAGAGAGCUGGAAAAGGCCAAAGAAAAGUUGACAGCGAUAAGGAAAUCAAGGUCACAACGAGAGGCCAAAGCAGAUGCCGAUGUGGAGAAAGAUGGAAAAUUCGUUGGUAUGACGUACUAUAUAAUUACAUUACGCUACAUUAUGUACGCAUUAGAGAAAUCGCGACAGAGUCGCACCCCCCGAAUAUAUGAUUUUAGCUGUGCUAUGGGGAAACCUUCUCCACUGCCUCCCACCAAAGCUGUUCCACCAAGUGCGCCCACCCGACUAUCCUCAGAGCUCCGUUCUAUUGAAAAACCUCUUCCACCUCCUCCCCCUGAAGAAGAAGAAGAAGAGUUGUAUGACUUAGCGCUCCCUUCUUCCCCUACACCAGCCAGAAACGAGGGGUAUCUACUCUCAUCCUUGUCUGAUGUGACGGCUACAGCAGAACCUGCAACCAACAGUGGGUAUAUACGGUCUAAAGUGAGGGCUAUACGGUUGCAUGGUCGACCACGUGGCGUAGUGAGAGCAGCUGGGAAAGUUCACUCCCGAUCUGGUAUACCUACCGAUGUGCCGGUCGGAGCCAGUCUCAACCUCUCUACAAUAGAAAUUGAUGCGAAGAGCCUAACUUCUCCAGAGGUGGAUAAAUUAGUAGCAGAGGACGAUCUUUUCGGAGACACCGAAAUGUAUUCUGCAAUCUCAGCAUCAGACGCUGCUGCCCCAUUGCCACCUCCGGGAAGGAGGGCAUUCCGUUCUCCAGUUCGAGGUCCUCCACCUGGACCCAGUGUCGUUUCUAUGAGUCUCAGGAUGCCAUCUCUGACAAGGAGGAGAUCCCCUCAAGUUCGAUGUCCUCCACCUGGACCCAGUGUCGAUUCUAUGAGUUUCAGGAUGCCACCUACUGCAGCAGCUGGUGGUCCCCCACCCCCACCCCCUGAUCUCAUUUGUUAUGAUGCCCCACGCCCACUUUAUUCCGCUGCAUUUGGUUAUGGUGGCAUACCCCCACCCCCUCCAACACGUGGUGGUCCCCCACCCCCACCCCCUCCAACAUUCGGUGGACCCCCACCCCCUAGAGCACCGAUGCCUGCGUCUGCACCUCCACCCCCUCCACUGCCCGGUGGUGCACCGCCCCAACCCCCUGAGGCACCAAAAAUUGCACCUGGUGGUCCCCCACCCCCGGCCCCACCUCUCUCUUCGGCAAGGUCACUAAUGGAUGAAAUGGGAGUGGUGGCAGAGACGAGGUCCAUAACUGCAUCACUGGAGGGAGUGAGUGAAGUAGAAAUGGUGAUGGUGAAUCUGCAUGAUACACCUUCAUCAAAUGGGAACCGUCUGCAGAAUCUACAACAAGAAGUUGAACAGGCCAAGUCAACCCUCCAGGACAACAUCUACAAAGUCGUAACUCGCGGAGAAAAACUAGAUGAUCUUGAAGAGAAAGCAGAAGCACUUCAGGUGCAGGCCUUUGCGUUUCAGAAGGCAGUGCGGAAGAUUCGUCCAGAUGAUAUUAUCGCAGAAGAGGCCAUGUCGAGUGACGACGAGUACCUUGGAUCUAAGUUUUCGGAGGAAGAUCAGUUGGCUAUCUUGCCCCCAUCACUGGACGAGGGGAGGAGGAGGAAGGAAGAGAGGUACCCGGAAGUGAGGGUCACCCAGCUGGAGGGCCUGUUCCAGAACCAACAUGACACGGGGUACUGGGAACUGGACUGUCUCGACCUGCUGCAGCUGGACUCUGAGAGGGUCAGGAACCUUCUGGAACAGUCCGGAUACAAAUCUCUCGGUCAGUCAGUGUGCACAGACCUGCUGAGGCUUAUUGCCACACUAGUCAUUCUCAAAAUCCUCAGUAAAGUACUGGAACACUUGUUCCCACUCUCAUUCUCUCCAAGACUGGCCAUAUGUGGCAGAGUUGACUCAGAGUUUGCAGGAGGAGUGGAGAAGGCAGUGGCCUAUUUCAACCAAACUGAGUCCCGCCACCCCAGUCUGUGUGCCAGACUGGAGCUGGGCUAUAGCUGGGAGGAGGCGGCCAGGAACAUCAUCUCACAAUGUCUGUGAACUGACAUUUUUAUCAGUAGCAUAGAGCAAACAGGGACUGAAUUUUUAAGCAACACUUUGCAUGUGAUGUUGUUCGUACGUAGAUUUUUUGCUUGCUGCAUUUU